AUGCAGACUGCUUCUACAAACAUUUGUGAAAGAAUGUGCAAUAAGUCCAUCCGUGACAUUUCCUGGCUACUAAAUAUUCUACGGUAAACUGUUAGUGGUAUUAUACCAAAGUGGAAGCAACUGGGAACAACAGCAACUCAGCCACGAAGUAGGCCAUGUAAAAUGACAGAGCAGGGUCAGCACAAGCUGAAGCGCACAGUGCGCAGAAGUUGGCAACUGUUUGCAGAGUCAAUAGCUAAAGACCUCCAAACUGUGUGUGGCCUUCACUUUAGCACAACAGUGCAUAGAGAUCUUCAUGGAAUGGGUUUCCAUGGCUGGGCAGCUGCAUCCAAGCCUUACAUCACCAAGUGCAAUGCAAAGCGUCAGAUGCAGUGGUGUAAAGCACGCUGCCACUGGACUCUA